UAAAAGCUUUUAAAUUUACAAAGUUUACACAAACAACACGACAGCAGAUGUCACCUACAACAGUAGACACACCGCUUUGACAAGCAAACAGCUGAUUAGCAACAUUCAUAACAGCUGCUAGAAAAUUAAGCAACGAUUUUGGUUUUGGCAGCGUUAAAAAGAUGUCGUUCAUCACAAAAAUUGGUGCACAAGUGUACAAAAGCGGUGUACGUCUGUUGACUGCCGCCACCAAUAUGCAAACAAACGCCGUCAACUCGAGCAGCCGCACAUAUCACAUAAUGGCCAAUUGUCGCACACUGGCACCAAGUGGCCCAAUUGCCAGCAACUGUAAUAUCACUGCAACACCUACAGCCAUUGAAUGUGGACUCCAGCGUCUGCUCACACCAUUCAAUUCACUGCUAACACAAGUGGCCGGUUUUAAGGUUAAGGGACGUUUGCGUCGUCGCUGCAAAGAUUGCUAUUUUGUGGUGCGACAAGAGCGGCUUUUUGUGAUUUGUCCGACACACCCGCGUCACAAGCAAAUGGCUAUGAAGAAACGUGAGAAGAAUACAUGGUUGCUAACGCAUGCCACACAAUCGAAAGUGAGACCUUACUAAGUUUGUUUAGUCGCCAAGAAAGUGCUAAAAAAGUGCAUUAUUAUGUGUUAUUUAAGCAGCGCAUUAGAAAAUAAAGUGAAGAAGUUCAAAAGUA